GUGACGUCACGACAUGACUACUUAUAACCACGCUCAUCCCUUUCGCGCUGUCGUCGUAUCGAACAGAAAUUGUGAAAACUGAGCAAUAUGCCGACUGCAGACACAUCCAAGCCGAUUAGCUGGGCCGAUCAAGUCGAGGCCGGUGAACACGGCCAGCAUGUUCCUGAAGGCGAGGUGAUUCAUGAUGGAAAUACCAAGAAAGUUAUUGACUUCAAACGCAACGAUGAGGGGAAACUGAUCAAGAUUGUGAGGACCUUCAAAAUUGAGAAACGGAAAACAUCCAAGUCCAUCGCAAUGAGGAAGGCACUGCCAAAGUUUGGGCUAGCCACUAAUGACGGAGAGGGUCCAAGCGUAACAACCACAAGUAUAGCUGAUGAUGUCUUCAUGGCCUUCAUUUCCUCUAAGGAUGAUAUGGGUACCACGCAGGACGACGAUGCCCUGAAGAAGCUCCAGAGCCAACGUCUGGUGAUGUGCCGUGUCUGCAAGGGAGACCAUUGGACCACCAAGUGUCCCUACAAAGACUCAUUGGAACCCCUCCAAGAGAAGCUGCUCCAAGGGGGAGCGGAGGCGGGGGCAGAGACGCCCGAAGAUAGUGCAGAGGCUGCCAAAGCACCAGCCGGUGGUGGUGGUGGUGGUGGUGGGUCAGGCAAGUACAUCCCUCCGAGUGCCAGAGAUACAUCAGGACAACGAAGAGUUGCCCCUAUGGAUUCCAAGAGAGAUCAGGGAACGACCAUCCGUGUCACCAACCUGUCGGAAGACACUCGUGAGAAUGAUUUGACAGAUUUAUUUCACUCCUUCGGUCCGAUCCAACGCAUCUACCUGGCCAUGGAUAAAGUCACUAAACGUUCAAAGGGUUUUGCAUUCAUCAAUUUCCACAACAAGGAGAGUGCGGCCAACGCAAUCCUAGGAGUGUCUGGUUUUGGAUAUGAUCAUCUCAUUCUAAAGGUGGAAUGGGCCAAACCUUCAGGAACAACACAGCACUAACUAGAAAUGUGAGCUGUCUUUCGUCAAAUGGUGUCAACGUUGGAUUCUCAAAGAUGGACACCAACAUUAAAAUGAUUGUAAAUUCAACCCUUCUUAUUAAGGUGCCAUCUUAUCGCACUUUCAACUGAACAAUUUGUUGCAUCCAAUUUCUACAGAGUAGCCAAGAAUGUAUGUUCCUUUCAGGCAGAAAUAAUUAUUUAUGCAGCUAUUACAAGAGUGGGUUGAAGUUAAAGACAUAUGCAAUGAAUUGUUCAGGAAAAAGUUAUUUCGUUAACACACUUUUAAAGUUCAAUAAUGCACUGUGACAAACAGUAAUUGUAUAUUGUUUUAAGAAAAGAGACAUUUUUUUUCUUUCUUUUUGAAACUUUAAGGAGGCAAUAAACUCAUACACCAAAUUAAUUUGGAGAAAGUGCAAGAUUGCAUUCACCUUAAAUACAUAACAUUGCACAUUGCCACAUAACUUACAGCUUUUUAUGUCAAUAUGAAGACGACCAUUCCUUUGUUUUGUGUCUUAGAUGGUCCCCUUAUCCUUGAAUACGUAAGCAAAAGGCUCCAUGUGAUAGUUCAACAUAAUAUUGUACAAAAAGUACAUUUGUCUAGCCUGGUUCAUUAUUUACAUCAUUAAAUACUUCUUUAACUUCGUUAAUGAAAGGGAAUAUGUUUUCUGUUUGUGUGGUUGCACUCAUUUUCUUUUAGAACCCCCUGAAGUAUAAACACUAAAAAAGUUAAGUGUGAUCGGCCAUUUUUUUCUUAAUUUUUUUGGCAAUUAGAAAGUUGAAUGUCUGUUAUUAGUUUGUCAAAACAUUAAAAGGCCAAGUUCAUUAGGCAGAAUCGAGUUUUGUGGUAGUUUACUAAUUCUCAGUCAGUGUUUAAGUUAAUGUGUACAAUAAACCAGUUCACUUAAACCCACUAACAAAAAAGAUUGUUGACUCGUAGUUAGUUUAUUUAGCAAAAUUUAUUUGUUAUAGUCUUGAAACAGCAAACAACAACAUUUUAAAGAUACUUAAAAAUAGCAAUACUUGUGCAGUUUUAUGUAGAGCAUUAUGACACCCUACAAGCACCUCAACGCACUCACUCAUUUUACAACAUUUAUGCAGAGCUAGGUUUGAAUUGUAGCACCUUGUCUGGGUCUACAAGAUUAUGUGUAGUCUCGGUGCAAGACAUUCAAGCCCCAAACUCUCAACACUACACAAGAUGUUGCAAAUAUUCCACCAAUAGAGGGCAUUUCUUAUGGAUGAGAUUCCUCCGUUUUAACACAGAAGUCCUUUUUUGCUGUAAAAUAAAGAAAUUCUGUUUUCUGGUACCUCGAAAUCAAGCAUCUGAAUAGUGUCUAUUGUCUUUAAGGCCAUUACAAAAUCAUCUGCAUAAUGUAUAAAAAGUGUUUAAAAAAAUAUUUAAUUUAGCUUUACAAAGUUUAACUUGCAAUAAAUUAUUUUCAAUCUGUCAAAAAAUAGAUUUCCAAAAUAUAUACAUGUACAUACAUUAAGUUAAAUACCAAAUCUUUGACUACACUACAUUUCAGUUUUGGGUUAGCAAAGUUGUCUGCUUAACUAAGCAGAACAAUUUGCUUGUAAAGUGCAACAAGUUUCACAAGUUAGCAAGAAAAUGAGGGGGCCAGCUUGUGCAAU